GGAAAACAAUAAGGUAUUUGAUCUUUGAAAUAUUUGAAGAAUUGAAUUUGCCAUUGACAUUAGGUAGAGACUUCGUGGGAGUAGUUGUAUUUAAAAAAUGGGUGUAGAAAACAGAUGCAAGCUAAGCGAAAAAAUUUGAGGAGUGGUUUUGGUUGAGCAACAGGAUUAAACUUAUUUUCAAAUGUGAGCAAUGCAAUGCACAGCCGGAUCAGCGCUGCUGCCAUCUGACUUUAGCAAGCACGUGCAAGCGAGUACUGUGUACGCGUACACGUGUGGCAUUUAUAUAUACAGGACGCUGACAAGUUAUGCUCUUGGAGAAAGAAUAAUUUUUUCAAGUAUAUAUACCUUUUUUUAGUUUAGUGAUCUUACAAGAUGAGUAAAAGAAAACUCGACAAUGAGACCGACGCCGCUCCGGCGGAGGAUGCCGAGGUCAAGAGAGUUCUGUCUCGCUUCAAAUCGGACACUGGUGAGGUUCUACCUGGUGGCCUGUUGGACUUGCCACUUGAUGUCACGGUAGACAAAUUGCAGGCAAUCUGCAAUGCUCUGCUGCAGCAAGAGGAACCGUUGCCCUUGGCAUUUUACGUGAAUAACGUAGAAGUCACAGAUGUACUGAGCAAAUACAUUGGCAAGGAUUUCAGUAUCAGCGAGGAUGUUGUGGAGAUUGUGUAUCAGCCGCAGGCGGUAUUCAAAGUCAGAGCUGUCACGAGAUGCACUGGCUCCUUGGAAGGCCACAAGGAAGCCGUUAUAUCUGUUGCGUUUUCACCAAAUGGCAAACAUCUAGCCAGUGGUUCUGGCGACACGACGGUCAGAUUGUGGGAUAUUUACACGCAAACGCCACAUUACACAUGCGAAGGACACAGACACUGGGUCUUGUGCAUUUCUUGGUCACCCUGUGGCACCAAGCUAGCUUCUGCAUGUAAAAAUGGACUGAUUUACUUGUGGGAUCCUGAAACUGGCAAACAAAUGGGAAAAGCCAUGACAGGACACAAAAUGUGGGUGACAUCAUUGUGCUGGGAACCUUAUCACAAGAAUCCAGAAUGCUUACAGUUAGCGAGUUCGUCCAAAGAUUGCGACAUACGAAUUUGGGACACAAAGAGAGCACAAACCUGUCGGGUUUUGUCUGGUCAUACGAGAAGCGUGACUUGCAUCAAGUGGGGUGGGAACGGUCUUAUUUAUUCUGCCUCUCAAGACAGGACUAUCAAAGUGUGGAGGGCAGAGGACGGUGUAUUGUGUAGAACCCUGGAGGGCCAUGCUCACUGGGUAAACACUUUAGCUCUAAAUGUCGAUUACGCGCUCAGGACUGGCCCUUUUCAAUUGGGAUCGACUGAAAGUAAAACAGACAGUCCGUUAGAAUAUGCAAGGAAACAAUAUGAAUCUGUAGGUGAAGAGAGACUUGUGUCUGGAUCUGACGACUUUACGUUGUUUCUGUGGAAACCAGAAAAAGAGAAGAAACCUAUUGCAAGGAUGACAGGUCACCAGCAGCUUAUCAACGAUGUUAAAUUCUCGCCGGAUGGUCGUAUAAUUGCAUCCGCAUCCUUCGACAAGUCUAUUAAAUUGUGGGACUCCAACACUGGAACGUACAUCACUUCGUUAAGAGGUCAUGUUCAAGCGGUAUAUUCGAUAGCAUGGAGCGCAGAUUCUCGUCUACUAGUCAGUGGUAGUGCUGAUUCAACUUUAAAGGUGUGGAGCGUCAAAACUAAAAAAUUGAGUCAGGAUUUACCCGGUCACGCUGAUGAAGUUUAUGCGGUCGACUGGUCACCGGAUGGUCUACGAGUUGCUUCUGGUGGGAAAGAUAAAGUUUUACGACUGUGGCAAAAUUGAAUAUAAUUUAUAAAUAAAUUUAUUUAAAAAGUUAAA